AUGCAACAACAAAAUGAAGUAAAUAAUGAUGUAAAAAUUAUUCUUGUAACAGGAGGAAUUAUUUCUGGAGUUGAAAAAGGAAUUAUUUCAUCAUCAUUAGGUGUACUUAUGAAAGCAUCUGGAUAUCGUGUAUCUGCCACUAAAAUUGAUUCAUAUAUUAAUGUUGAUGCUGGAACUUUUUCUCCUCUUGAACAUGGCGAAGUUUAUGUUCUUGAUGAUGGUUCUGAAGUAGACUUAGAUCUUGGUAAUUAUGAACAUUUUCUUAAUAUUCGGCUUCGUUGUGAUAACAAUAUUACAACAGGAAAAAUAUAUAGACAUGUUAUUGAAAAUGAAAGACGAGGAGAUUAUCUUGGAAAAACUGUACAAACUGUUCCUCAUAUAACUGAUGCAAUUUCAAAAUGGAUUGAAAGAGUAGCACAAAUUCCAGUAGAUGGUAGUCAAGAUAAACCACAUGUUUGUAUUGUAGAGUUAGGUGGAACAAUUGGUGAUAUUGAAGCUGGUUUAACUCCAGAUCUUAUUAUAUGUCGAAGUGAAAAUAAGUUGACAGAUAAUUUAAAAAACAAGAUUUGUCAAUUUGGUCUAAUUGAUUCAAAACAAAUAAUUGGUGUUUACGAUUGUAAAAAUAUUUAUCAUGUACCAAGUUUGUUGCAAAAACAUGGCAUUAUUGAACUUAUUAAAAAACGUCUAUGUUUAGAUUCUUCAAAUAAACUAGCAAAAACAGUUGGUGUCACAAACAUGUUUCAAUGGUUUAAAUUUGCAAAUAUUGUUGACACAUUUACAGAAACUAUAAAUAUUGUUUUAGUUGGAAAAUAUGUUCAAAUAGAAGAUGCAUAUGCAUUAAUAAAUAAAGCCUUAAAACAUGCCGCAACACAUGCUAAAAGAAAUGUCAAAAUUAAUUAUAUUCAGUCGCAAGAUCUUGAAAUUGAAACAGAAGAGAAGAUAAAAAAAAGUGGGUUUGGUAAACGAAGAGUUGAAGGUAAAAUUUUAGCAUGUCAAUAUGCACGUGAAAAUAAGGUACCAUUUCUUAGUGUUUGUCUUGGAAUGCAAUGUGCGGCUGUUGAAUUUGCAAGAAAUGUUUUUGGAUUUUAA